GGAGAAGGGAAAGUUUGGCCCGUGCUUGGGGUUCGGGUGGAGGGCGGGACGGAGGGGCAGGGCCGGGUAGAAGCUUGUUUCGCGGUGUCGCGGAGGCUGAGGCCGGCUCGUGGGCUGGGCCGGGGACUGCGGGACGCGGAGCCGCAGGAGGCGAGGUCGGCCGCAGCCGCGCGUCCCCGCCUCGGGGCUGCGCUUGACCCGCGCGCCCCGGCGUUGUGCGCCCUAAGGCUGGGCCAAGCGGCGGGUUGGGGGCGGCGGCUGGGCGUGGGGAGGCGCGCGGCGAGGUGACAGGAGAGCCCCGAGCGCGAGGAGCACGGAGCCAGACGCUGCAGCCGUCAUGUCCGAGGACUCGAGCGCCCUGCCCUGGUCCAUCAACAGGGACGACUACGAGCUGCAGGAGGUGAUCGGGAGUGGAGCAACUGCCGUGGUCCAAGCAGCCUACUGUGCCCCCAAGAAGGAGAGAGUUGCCAUCAAGCGGAUCAACUUGGAGAAGUGUCAGACCAGCAUGGACGAGCUCCUGAAAGAAAUUCAAGCCAUGAGUCAAUGCCACCAUCCUAAUAUUGUGUCUUACUACACAUCUUUCGUGGUGAAAGAUGAGCUGUGGCUGGUCAUGAAGCUGCUAAGUGGAGGUUCUGUUCUGGAUAUCAUUAAACACAUCGUGGCGAAGGGGGAGCAUAAGAGUGGAGUUCUGGAUGAGCCGACCAUCGCCACCAUCCUCCGAGAGGUCUUAGAGGGGCUGGAGUACCUGCACAAGAAUGGGCAGAUUCACAGAGAUGUGAAAGCUGGAAACAUUCUUCUAGGAGAAGACGGCUCUGUGCAGAUUGCAGAUUUCGGUGUUAGUGCAUUUUUAGCCACUGGUGGUGACAUUACCAGAAAUAAAGUGAGAAAGACGUUUGUUGGCACCCCAUGCUGGAUGGCACCUGAAGUUAUGGAACAGGUCCGAGGUUAUGAUUUUAAAGCUGAUAUCUGGAGUUUUGGAAUCACGGCGAUUGAACUGGCCACAGGGGCAGCUCCUUAUCAUAAAUAUCCACCAAUGAAGGUUUUAAUGCUGACACUCCAGAACGAUCCUCCUUCUUUGGAAACUGGUGUUCAAGAUAAAGAAAUGCUGAAAAAAUAUGGAAAAUCAUUUAGAAAAAUGAUUUCAUUGUGCCUUCAAAAGGAUCCAGAAAAAAGACCAACAGCAGCAGAACUGUUAAGGCACAAGUUUUUCCAGAAAGCCAAGAAUAAAGAAUUUCUUCAAGAAAAAAUACUACAGAGAGCACCAACCAUUUCUGAAAGAUCUAAAAAGGUCCGCAGAGUUCCUGGCUCCAGUGGCCGUCUCCAUAAGACAGAGGAUGGCGGCUGGGAGUGGAGUGACGAUGAGUUUGAUGAGGAGAGCGAGGAAGGAAAAGCCGCCAUCUCUCAGCUCAGGUCUCCCCGAGUAAAAGACUCAUUAUCAAAUUCUGAGCUCUUCUCGGCAGCUGAUCCCAUGGGGACUUUGCUUCAAGUUCCAGAACAGAUUUCUGCGCAUCUACCUCAGCCAGCUGGCCAGAUGCCCACACAGCCCACUCAAGUCUCUCUCCUGCCUCCUGCAGAGCCAACAAAACCAGCACAGGCUCAGUCUUCAGGAGAACGGUCCCAGGAGACCAAGAUCCCUAUCAGUCUAGUGCUCAGAUUAAGGAAUUCCAAAAAAGAACUAAAUGAUAUUCGAUUUGAAUUUACUCCUGGAAGAGAUACAGCAGAGGGUGUUUCUCAGGAGCUCAUUUCUGCUGGCCUGGUGGAUGGAAGGGAUUUAGUAAUAGUGGCAGCUAAUUUGCAGAAAAUUGUGGAAGAACCUCAGUCAAAUCGAUCUGUCACUUUCAAACUGGCAUCUGGUGUUGAAGGCUCUGAUAUUCCUGAUGAUGGCAAACUGAUAGGAUUCGCUCAGCUCAGCAUCAGCUAACCACAGUCCUGGAAGAGUCAGCCUAGGAGAUGCCGCACGUGCACAUGUCUGUUGCUUCUGUUGGCUUGAGCCUACAACUGCCAAAGACCCAGCAACGAACCUCCCGGCUUGGAGCUUUAGGUUUUUUCUUUAUGUUUUUCUUGCUGCCCCCCUUCCUGCCCCCCUUUUCUUACAAGAAAAGAAAAGUUGGAUCACCAGUGGCCACCAUCCCCUCAGAGAAUUCCGUUGGUAGACACGCUGCUCAUGUCCCCUCUUCCUUCAUCUGAGAAGCAGAAGCGGCCAGUGUGCCUCAAGGCCCAGGAUGGAAGUCUCAACUCAUUCUUGCCUUACUACAGCGAUGGUCCAGUGGAUAGAGCAGCUGCACCGGGCAGCCUCAUCUUGCCUGCUCUCCCACACCGGCUGGGACGUGAGCUUCUCGGGAUAUCUCCUUAACACUCAAGUAGCAAUUAAAGUUGAUUGUUCAGCUGGAGCCCAGAGAA